AAUUGAACCGAGGAAUGUCGUUCAAUCUCAGCCGUCCGGCGGAAGCAAAACUCGAAAAGGUGUCCGAUCACCUUCAUCAGAAACACGUCAUUCACUUUUCUUCAUCGACAAAUUGUUUCGCAAUGUCGACUUUCAAUUGUUCCUUCUGGCUCAGGCCGUCGCGGCCGCCCAUUUCCACUCUUAGACCACGCCAGCAUUUCCCCAGAUGGGGGCCGUCGCGGCCGCCCCUCUCUCAACGGCUUAUGAGCCUCAGUCACUCAGAGCAGCAUUCCGUAGCGUCUUCGAUCGGCUUUCCAUCCACUGCCUCCAGUGUUUGCCCCCCACGCCCCCGAAGCGCGCGCUUCGAUCGGCCUUGCGCCACAGCGCACGGCGCAUGCUCCUCCUCCGCCAGGCUUGCUCUCAUUAUCCCGAUUUCUGCCACCGAAUGCACUUUCAGAGUCGCCGCUAGUACUAGACCUAGCAAGUCAUCUUGCCUUCCAGUUAUUGCUGCAUAUCGCGUUUCGCGAUAAGUUAUCCUCCUCCUCCUCUCCCCUUAUCCUCCGAGGCAUUUUGAGCUCCAGUGCCCCUCCGAGCAGCCUUCUCCGGGCCAAUAGCAACGCUUCGUAGUUGGGAAGACGCGGCGCGAGCCUCCAACGCUCAAGGCCUCCGGGUCGUUUGUUAAUCUCAGUGAUUCCCGCAAGCCGCGGUCGACACCUGCAUGGUAUCAUCCGCUUCCGCUGAGCAAACAUUACCUACUUGCGCCGCGCGUUCCCCUACGGGCUUUGCGGAACUUUCCCCGCCUUCCGAGAGCCGGAAGCCGCAACCCGCGACUCGCGAUUCGCGACUCGGAGUCGGGGAGUUCUCCCCGCCGACCUCCCUCGAUCCGCAAGCCGUAAAUCCGCAUGCCGCGAGCCGCGAUGGCUCCGAGUCCGAGCAUGGCGACGGCGGCCGUGCGCCUCGCUCUGGGGCUGCUGCUCGUCUCCGCCUUCGCCACCCGCGCGAAUGUCUUCGCAAACGGCGCAAGCAACGCGGGAGCGCUGGGGACGCCAGUCACGGGCCCCAAAUGUCGCAACGCGUUCCCCGCGCGCGCGCUGUGCAAGUUCGUGGACGACCUGGCGACGACUAUGCGAGUCGCCGUCGACACGAGCGACGGGAAACUAGUUCGCAUCGGCGUCUACCAGAUCUACCAGAAAUUCCACCGUGACCUGCCGCCGACGAAGCUCUAUGCGUACGGGCUCAACCAGAAGACCGCCGCGUUUCCCGGGCCCACGAUAGUGGCGCGGAAGGGGAAGGACACUCAGAUCUUCUGGUCGAACCACAUCAUGGACCGGCAGCACAUGAUUCAGCUGGACGACACGCUCAUGAUCCCCCGCCCGAAGAAAGGCGGCGUGCCCAUUGUGCCUCACAGGCACGGGGGUGAGACCCACAGCAUAUACGACGGGCAUCCCCAGGCGUGGUUUACUCAGUUCGGGGAGAAAGGGCCCGCCUACUCCACACGGCUGUACCACUACCACAACAACCAGAAGCCCUCUAUAGUGUGGUAUCAUGACCACGCCAUUGCUAUAACGAGGAUAAACGUCAUGGCGGGGAUGGCGGGGUUGUACCUUGUAACGGAUCCCCAGGGGGAGGAGAGGGAGAUCAACAAGUGGGUCCCGCAGCCGGGAGGGCCGUUCUUCAUGCCCCUCGCGAUCGCCGAUCGCCGGUUUCAUCCCAACGGUUCGUUGGAUUAUCCGACGGACGGGAUUCUUCCGAGGGAGCACCCGCACUGGCAGCCUGAGUUCUUUGGCGAUACGAUCACUGUUAAUGGAAGGGUGUGGCCAUACAUGAAGGUGCGGCGGGCGCUGUACCGCCUGCCCAUCCUGGGGGCGUCCAACGCGCGCUUCUACCACCUGCGCUUCCAGUGCGCCGUGCGCGGCGACUACCACGAGUUCAAGCCGCCCUUCAGGGGCCCCAUCAUCCCCAUGACUCAGAUCGGCAGUGACGGUGGUUACCUGGCCCGUCCUCUGCGCAUGCCGGGAGUGCUGGUGGCGCCAGGCGAGCGGCUGGACGUGCUGGUGGAUUUCAACGAGGCGCCCUCGUGGUGCCGCGACGUGCUGCUCACUAACCGCGCACGGACGCCCUUCCCUGCUGGCGAGCGUGUGUCGCCCGACACGGCGGUCAUCAUGCGCUUCAUCCUCACCAAGAAGACUGCCAUCCCUUCGCCGCCCAUUCCAAAAGCACUCCGGCCUCUUGAGCGCAUCCCCUUCAACCUGGUGUCCACGACCCGGUGGCACGUGCUGGGGGAGAUAUCGGAUCGGGACAGCGGCUUCCCCACAGUCGUGCAGCUCGACGGCUUGGGCUUCCUGGACCGCCCCACCGAGAUUCUCAAGAAUGGAGCAGUGGAGGUAUGGCACCUCAUCAACCCCACGGCCGACUCCCACCCCAUCCACCUGCACCUCAUGCAGCACCGCCCCUUCGCCCGCCGCCCGUUCAACUCCGACGCCUUCCUCUCUGGGGACUGCACGCUCCCCGUAAACCUCCCCUCCACCUCCUCCUCCCCUGGUUCUGGUGGCAGCAUGAGCAGCAGCGGUGGCAGCAGCACUAUGAGUAGCAAUGGCAGCAGUGACGUCAGCACUAUGAGCAGUGACGUCAGCAUUAUGAGUGCUGGCGAGGGUGGGUACCCCUCGUGCUUCACAGGGCGGGCGAGGAGGGUGGACUUCAACGAGAUGGGGUGGAAGGACACAACCAAGGCGCACCCAGGGGAGGUGCUAUCUAUCCUCGUUGCCGUCCGCUCCCAGGAUGGCAAGCCCUUUUCAUUUGAUCCGUCGCAGGGCCCGGGGUACGUGUGGCACUGCCACAUCCUGGAGCACGAGGACAACGACAUGAUGCGCCCGCUGCUCGUGCGCAAGUGAGUGUGGCGGCCGUCUCGUGUGCAAUGAUGGCGUGCCGUGGCAGCUGUACGGAGCAGAGAUGGCUUUUGAGUAGACUGCUAUGUGGCCCGGGGAGCCAGUAGGAGGACAACACCAUAAUGCACCCACUUCUUGUACGCAAGAGAGUGAGCAAGCUGCUGCUGCAGCCAUUGCUCUGGUCCUCACUUCGCGAGAGCAAGGGCCAAAGUUAGCUGCCUUACGUGGGGAAUUUUUUGGCGAGUGGUUGCUGACUUGGCAACCAAUGUAGAUGGGGUAUAUUCGGUGAGGGGUCACACACAAGUAGCUAAAUUUUAAGGCCGAUUUAAACAGAAUAGAGGAAAUAAAUGUCUAGAUAAUCAGAAAUCGUAGGUCUGACGUCAUGCUAACGGAUCUACUUUAUCUAUGUAUUCAAGUUUCCUC